AUGUCGCCGGACGGUGGCGGAAACUCAGCUGCCGAGGAUGGUGGCAGAGACCGGCUGCGGCGGGCUGGGGUUUUGACUCUAGUCUCUCUCUCUCGUUCUCCGCUGAAGGAGCUGGCUGUUGGACAAGAAGAAAUUGGAUUUGACAUGGUGGUGGCAAAAAAUGGACCAGCAAACUUCACAACAAUUGGUGAUGCCAUCAAGGCUGCACCAAACAAUAGUCUGAAGAGAAUCAACAUCAAGGUGAUGGCUGGUGUAUACGAUGAGUAUAUUGUUGUUGAAGCAGAGAAGACUAAUUUGACCAUCAUUGGAGAGGGAAUUGACAAGACUAUAAUCACAGGCAACAGGAGUAAUGCAACCGGUUUCGGGACCUAUUACUCUGCAACGAUUGGAAUACAAGGUUAUGGCUUCAUAGCACAAGACCUCACACUUGAAAACACUGCUGGUCCCGAAGGGGGACAAGCAGUGUCACUUCUAAGUGAGUCUUACAAUAGUGUUUACUUCCGCUGCAAGAUAAGCGAUUAUCAAGAUACUCUUUACGCUAAGGAAGGAGUACAGUUUUUCAAAGGGUGUGAAAUCUAUGGCACCGUAGAUUUCAUAUUCGGUAAUUCUCAGGUCUUCUUUCAAGGAUGUAAUGUGUAUGCUAGGAAACCGGUGAAAGGGCAGUCCAUAACAAUCACGGCUCAGGGCAGAGAGAGUUCAAGUGAUUCCACAGGAACAGUUUUCCAAAACUGCACGUUUCGGGCAACCUCAGAGUUGAUUACCUCUGGCUUUCCAGUUGAUGGAUACUUGGGAAGGCCGUGGAGAGCUUAA